CUUGAUUACUUGAAGACCAGAGAGUGACUAUUCCCCCAAUCCAACAUUUUUACACGAUCCCGAUUUUCUCGUUCUCUCUCUCCAAACAGAAAACUGAAAUUUCCCUCAGAUUCUGUGUCCCUCUCUCUCUCUCUCAAUUUCGCGCUCUUUCCUUCUCUUUCUCGCACUUUCUCAGAAGAUUUCCUCAGAUCUUGGAAAUCUCGUGUUUAAGGAAGCUGGUAUAAAUGCAGACCAGGUUAAUGGAGAGAACCAACUCCAUGAGAGGCAAGAGGCCUCUUGAAGGCGAAGAUGGCGAUCAACCGGAGCGAAAGCGGCCCGCUCUCGCAAGUGUAAUUGUAGAAGCUCUCAAGGUGGACAGUCUGCAGAAGCUCUGCUCAUCUUUGGAACCUAUCCUUCGUAGAGUUGUCAGUGAGGAAGUUGAACGUGCUUUGGCGAAGUUGGGCCCUGCGAUGCUUCCUGGAAGGUCUUCUCCAAAACGAAUCGAAGGUCCAGAUGGUCGAAACUUGCAGCUCCACUUCAGGUCCAGGUUGUCUCUUCCGCUGUUCACGGGAGGAAAAGUAGAAGGCGAGCAGGGAGCUGCAGUUCAUAUCGUUUUGAUUGAUGGUAACACUGGACAUCUUGUAACAUCUGGACCUGAAGCCUCAUCGAAACUAGAUGUGGUAGUUCUUGAAGGUGAUUUUAACACUGAAGAUGAUGAAGGUUGGACACCAGAAGAUUUCGAAAGUCAUGUAGUGAAGGAACGCGAAGGAAAAAGACCUCUUUUGACUGGGGACCUCCAGGUGACCCUCAAGGAAGGGGUAGGGACGUUGGGCGAUCUAACAUUUACAGAUAACUCAAGCUGGAUAAGAAGCAGGAAAUUCAGGCUUGGAUUAAAGGUUGCCUCAGGUUUUUGUGAGGGCAUACGCAUAUGUGAAGCAAAGACAGAAGCUUUUACUGUAAAAGAUCACAGAGGAGAACUAUACAAGAAGCACUACCCGCCAGCAUUGAAUGACGAGGUAUGGAGAUUAGAGAAAAUUGGUAAGGAUGGGUCAUUCCACAAGAGGCUGAAUCAGGCAGGAAUACUUAUAGUUGAAGACUUCCUCCGGCUUGUCGUCCGAGAUUCUCAAAAAUUACGAAGUAUACUUGGAAGUGGCAUGUCAAAUAAGAUGUGGGAUGCUCUAUUAGAACAUGCGAAGACGUGUGUCCUGAGUGGAAAGCUUUAUGUUUAUUAUCCUGAGGAAACAAGGAAUGUUGGAGUUGCCUUUAACAACAUCUACGAGCUGAGUGGUCUUAUCGCAGGGGAGCAGUAUCAUUCAGCUGAUUCUCUUUCUGAAAGCCAGAAGAUUUACGUGGAUACAUUAGUGAAGAAAGCAUAUGACAAUUGGGACCAAGUUGUCGAAUAUGAUGGCAAGUCACUUUUGAGUUUCAAGCAAAAUAAAAGGCCAAAUGCUUCCAGAAAUGAACUUCAGAUGGGCCCAAGCAAUUACUCUAAUCCUUCAGAUAAUCAACUGCAACUAUCUCACCUACCGGUUCAUCCUUCUGAGCAGACUUCUUUAAAUACUGGCCUACCAAUUGCAGCUCCAGGGUAUAAUGAUGAUGUGUCAACAAGAUUUUCAAACCAGGUACCAAUGGUAAACUCAAGUUCUCGUAAUCAGUUUGACAGUGCGUCAUUUGUGCAAAAUGACCAGUUCAUUGGUAAUUCUCACGAGGCACAAACCAUAAGAAAUGAUAACAGCUCUGUUGGGCUGGCACUUGGUCCUCCACAGUCAUCCACGGCAGGGUUCCAGACUGUUAACUCUACUAUGCAGCAAUCUACUCUUAAUCCUUUUGAUGACUGGUCACAACACCGGGACAAGGGAGUUGAUGACUUCUUCUCAGAGGAAGAGAUUCGCAUUAAAAGUCAUGAGAUGCUUGAGAAUGAGGAUAUGCAACACUUGCUUCGAAUCUUCAGUAUGGGAGGCCAUCCUUCCAUGAAUAUGCCUGAGGAUGGGUAUGCGUUCUCAUCGUUCAUGCAUUCACCAACGCCAAACUUUGAUGAAGAUCGUCGUUCUGGUAAAGCUGUUGUUGGAUGGCUGAAAAUUAAGGCAGCUAUGAGGUGGGGUUUCUUCAUCAGAAAGAAAGCAGCGGAGAGGCGGGCACAAAUUGUUGAGUUAGAUGAUGCCAGUCCAUAGACGCUAUUAAGUGCUGGCCGCGGCUUUGAGGUGUUGGGGUUGCUUGAAGUUGUUGGUUUCGGAAGUAUUGACGAUGCACUGAUGUUUGUGCCCUGUGGAAAAUCUCUCUAGCUGGGAAUCUCAUCUUGUACAGUUGCCUGUACAGUAAUCCUUUUUGUUUUUAUAUUUAUUUGUUAUUUAAUCAAGUUUCAUCAUUUCGUCUCCUUUGGUCACUCUUCUAUCGGUUUGUAAUGAUAUUUGGUAGUGGGUCUUUAGGCCCGGAUGCCCUUUCUAUUUAAUUGAUUAGGGAGACAUCUUUAAUUGGCCCUGACUUCCUUUUUUUUUUUUUUUUUUUAAAGUUGAUUUUUGCACAAGGAUGCUAAGUAUGUUGUGCUACUCAUGCUAAUUGUAUAACUUGGAAUGGAAUUUUGUGUUUAGUCAAGCAUGAAGACCUAUAUUUGUUA